AUGCAUCUCCCAUCUCGCCAUCCUGCACGGGACUUUGAUAUCCAGGAUCGAGAACAAGAUACCCCCGGAGAUGUCGUCCACCAGAGCAGCCCUGGACCUGACAAUACUACAGAUCAGGAAGAUGAGAACGAGGUUGACGGGCCUGGCGAGCCACUGGAUGAGGAGAAGGAGCAAAACUCCCAAGAUCCUUCGUGCGAGUUCGCCAUGCCCUGCCGAAUGAACCCCUCGCCAGAUGGGAUGCACUACCGCAAAGUGAUUUCUCACAUAUUCGGCCGCAACAAGGCUACGACAAAGCUGUUCCCAGCCCAUGUCUGGGUUCACUAUUGCCGUAAGCACUACCAGCGUGCUCGCUACCGCGCUGACCAGUGGCCAUUCACCCAAUGCGAGCUGCUUCUGGAAUCUCUGCGGCGCAUGGAAGAUUGGGAUGGCGUUGAGAACUUCAAACUCACUCUUCGACGCCGCGAGCAGCUGCGAGUGGACAAACCUGACAACGCCGAGGUCAAGGCAUCUGGAUCUUCCACCACUCUUCAGACCGGCCGCAAGCACCCAACGGCCAUCAUCUCUCCGGUCCCCGACUGGCUUCGCGGACAGACGGACACCAUCAUGUCAUUUGAUGACAUCCGUGCGCUCAUCAUGCAGAUCCGUGAAUACAUGGUCAAACUGCGGAAUGAUGAGAAGUCUCGCAGAGCUAAGGGGUCAGAAGCUGGUGAGAACGGCAACGCCAAGAACGAGCUGCGCCAACAGGCGAGUCGUGUGCGGUUCCCCGAUAUUGAGAUCCUUCCGUUCUUCAAGCGGUGGGUGGUCGACGCGGCGCUGCGUCAGAGAGAUUCUCGCGAGAAUGGUGACCGGGAUGCCGAAGCAGAGAGCGAUGAUGACGAUGACCCCGGGAAUGACGAAGACGAGGACGAGGACAAUCCCGAUGAUGCCGAUAACGAUACUCCUGUUGGCAAGAUUGGAAGAACUGGGACCAACAGCGGUCGAUCUGAGAGCCAGCGACGUCGCUCUCAGCGAAACUUUGUCAGGAUGGUCUCGGGCCUCACUCGUGUGUCUCCCAGUGGUGCAGUCAAGAAGCCCAACCUUAGCAAGAAGUGUUAA